UAUAGAUAAUAAAUAAUAAAUGCAUAGGAACUAAUUUGCGUUGCUAGUAACAAAUCAGUAAUCCAUGAAUAAUAAAAAAAAGUUAGAGUUUGAGAUGGUAUAAAGAAAAAAUGAAGGUGUGAUCCGACAUUUGGGUGGGAAAAGGAAGGGAGGAGUGGAUUGAGAGAAAAAGGAAGAGGAGAAAUGAGCAAGAAGCAGGUGAAAUUGGACGAUGAGCAAAUAGCGGAGUUGCGAGAAAUAUUCCGGACGUUCGAUCGGAACAACGACGGGAGCCUGACGCAGCUGGAGCUGAGCUCGCUUCUGCGGUCGCUGGGCCUGAAGCCCAGCCCGGAGCAGCUGGAGAGCUUCAUCCAGCGGGCCGACACCAACAACAACGGCCUGGUCGAGUUCUCGGAGUUCGUGGGCCUGGUGGCGCCGGAGCUUCUGCCGGCCAACUCGCCCUACACGGAGGAGCAGCUGCGGCACCUCUUCCGCAUGUUCGACCGCGACGGCAACGGCUUCAUCACUGCGGCGGAGCUGGCCCACUCCAUGGCGAGGCUCGGCCACGCCCUCACCGCCGAGGAGCUCACCGGCAUGAUCAAAGAGGCUGACACCGACGGCGACGGCAUGAUCAACUUUCAGGAGUUCGCUCACGCCAUCACUUCUGCUGCCUUCGAUAACUGCUGGCCUUAACCGCUUUCUUCGUUAUUAUAUUUUAAUUAAUAUACCCAAGAUUAGAGAGCCAUACUUGGAUUCAUUGAUUCAGGGCACUGCCAUGUACAAAUAGCGUCCAAGCCUAUCCCUCCUACUCAUUUUUCUGUAGACAGAGAUGGUAAACUAGCUUGAGACCAAGCUAGUGCUUAGGUUUGAAUCACAAGAUUUUGUAUGUUGUUAUUCAAUACCCUUUUCCUAUAUUAGAAGAGGGGAGCCAGAACAUCAAUUUUCGGACCUUGUGCUGUGACGUUUAAAGUUGAUAGUUUUUCAAAAACAUACGGGGAAUCAAUA